AUGGUCUCAAAGAUCACAUUCCUAUGUCUUCUUGCUUUCGUUAUCGCUUGCUCGAUGAAGGUGACUAUUCCGAAGGCGGGAGCUCAUAUUUUUCUACCUUGCAAAAUAAAUAAAGAUUGUGAAUACCUUAACUGCUUGAGUGGGACACCUAUAUGCAAACAGACAAUGCCAGUGUACCAUUUCAUCAGCUCUUCAGGCAAGACUUGA